CAGCUACUAGUAGAGUCACCACACCAGUGACCAGCAUUGACACGGCUCACGACGUUUGUUUUUGACAACUUUUCACGAACCCUACUCAUUUUUAAAAAUCUUCGGCUUUUAUCAAAUCUCCUCGUGUUCCAAACCAACUGACCGCGAGCAUCCGGGGACGUGCCGUGUUUGGUAGACGAUUCAGCUACAGCAAUGGAAGAAGAAAUUCCCCAUUAUGUGGAGGCAAUUUGCAUUGCGUCUGAACCCUCUCAAAGUCAUCUCCACCAGCAGGCCUUUGAGUAUCUAUCCAACCUCCGCCAAAAUGCGAACGAAACGUGGCGACUGGCCUUAACAGCGUUCACGGGCAUGACCUCGGAGGGUAAUAAAUACCCCGAAUCAGUCAGGUUCUAUUCUUUGCGCUUGCUAGAUGAGUUCUUUGACAAUCGGUUCGAACCUCUUGAUGAAGACUCAUUUCGUACUCUGCAACAAUCCCUGAUAUCUUAUGUACAAUCUGAAUAUGUUUAUGGCUCGGCUGAAUCUAAUGCAUCAUAUCUUCGCAACAAGUUCUCGCAUACACUCACAUUAUUCUUCCUAUGCACAUACGUCGAACAGUGGCCAACAUUCUUCACCGAUCUUUUCUCUCUUAUUCGUCUCCCCGAGUCUCCAUCCCAGCCACAAUUCAAUCGCCACGUCUCGCUUCUCCUUUUCCACCUCAUAUCGGAGAUCUCUGGUGAAGUUGCAGAUCAAACAAUCAAGUCUGCGAGGACAUUCAACCCUAUUCGGCAUACGCGAGACUCUCGCGUCAGAGAUGCUGUUCGAGAGCGAGAUGCGCCGUUGAUCAAUGAAGCGGUAUUGACGAUUAUUGUUGAUGGGACGGAACGGUUGGCGUUACUCAGAAAAACGACAACAUCUUCGCCCGAGCUUUCCGAGGCUCUAGAGAUAGUCGAUUGGGGCAUUAGGACGUUUGGUUCGUACGCGGGGUGGAUUGAUAUCAAUUUGACUAUCACACCCAUAACUAUACCUCUCUUGUUUUCACUGCUCCCUGACCCUAAUCUGGCUAUUCGCCUUGCAACAUCAACAGCCUUGCUGCGCAUUAUAGCAAAGGGUCUCAAGGAACCAGAAGACAAGCUGCAGCUCGUCAAGGUAUUGGCCCUCGGUCAAGUGAUCGACGCGCUCGAAUCAAAAACAAGUGCAGAACAAGUUGCGCGAGGAUCCAACGAAGAUGAAGGGGAAGAGUCUUACCGGGAGGCCCUCGGCCGCCUGCUGAAUGUCUUGGGCCUUGAGCUGUCAAAGCUGACCGAAGUGGAAAGCGAAAAACCUGAGGUUGCGGCAGAUGCUACGCGUCUGUUGGAGCAGAUUCUACCCGUCAUGCUGCGAUUUAUGUCAGAUAAAUAUGAUGACACGUGCUCGACAGUAUUUCCCUUGCUGCAGACCAUCCUUGCAAGUUACAAGCGCUCCCGAAAGGUAUCCACGGAUCCGCUUGAAGAAUCGAAACGAUCAUUCCUCGUGUCUUUGCUCCAAGUCAUUAUGCAGAAGAUGAAGUGGGACGACGAAGAAGAUCCUAGCGACUUGGACGAUGAUGAUUUUAGUGCAUUUGAAACCCUACGCAAGGAUCUCAAAUUGUCGAUGGAUGCCGUGUUCACAAUUGACCAAGAUCUUGUGACUAAUGCGGUCAGAACAAUGUCCUUGCAGACCUUGUCAGCCUACCGCAGCGGGAUGUCGCUUAAUUGGAAUGACGCUGAACUGGCAGUUUAUCUCGUGUACAUCUUCGGCGAGAUCGUGAAAACUGGAGGGAAGGGCCGUGCGGCCUUUUGCGUCGCUCCUCUCGUGCCAAAAGAGAAACGCCGCGAAGUCGAUUAUUCUGAAUAUCCGUUGACCCCUCAUGGGGAGAUGUUACUGGCUCUGGUACAGAGUGGUAUAUCUGCAUUCCCUCACCGCUUAGUUGCCAUGCAGUUUUUUGAAACCGUGGCCCGUUAUGGAGAUUUCUUUAAGAUCCGUAAAGAGUGCAUUAUGCCGACACUCGAGGCCAUUGUUGAUACUCGGGGACUCCACAAUCCAGACAGCACAGUUCGAUCGCGGACAUAUUAUCUUUUCCACCGGUUCAUCAAAGAAAGCAGAAACGACAUUUCCGAGGAACUUGCAGUCAACCUCGUGCAGGGCAUCAGGGAUCUGCUGACUAUCCAAGUAGACCUACCAACCCUUGAUAGUCCCGAUGACGAUCUCUUAGCGGAGGCGAUAAAAAACCCUGGAUUGUUCGACUCGCAGCUCUAUCUGUUUGAGACUUUGGGCACACUCAUGUCCUUGGUGUCAAAAUCUCCUGAUCAGCAAGCGGGCAUGUUACUCUCGAUCGUGACACCGCUACUAGAUGAGCUUUCUUCAAAUUUGACAGUGGCAAAAGGGGGGAAGGAUCCCAUCCCAAUCCUUCGCAUUCAUCACAGUAUUAUGGCGCUCGGCAAUGUUGCGAAAGGAUUUCCAGAUUAUCCUUCUCCGGUGCCGGAGGGAUAUUGUCUUCCAUCGUUAGACGUGUUUCAGCGGGUUGCUCAGGCUAUUUUAUCAUGUCUGGAGGCCAUGAACGUUUUCAAAGACGUGCGCGACGCAACGCGACACGCAUUUGCGCGAAUCAUUGCCACGACAGGAUCCAGUGUUACUCACUUGAUCCCACCUUUGAUGGCCAACCUUCUUGCACAGUUUGAACCCUCUGAGCUCGUCGACUUCAUGAACUUCAUCGGGUUGCUUAUUCACAAGCUUCAGAACGAGCUUUUCAAUGUUCUGGACGAGCUCAUUGGACCUCUGAGCGCCCACAUCACCCAGCUUCUCAAUCAGCCCGUUACAGGUACUGAUGACAGUGUCGAACAUGCAGAAACUAAGCGUGCCUAUCUGACGUUGUUGACCAACGUCAUGUCCUCCGAUCUUCAUGACAUUUUUAUCUCUGAUCGAAACAAGGCCACUUUCGAGCCCCUGUUGAUCAGCAUGAGUCGAUUGGCAGAAGAUAUUUCGGACUCGAGUAGCCAGAAAUCUGCUUUCGCAUUCCUUAGUCGCUGUGUUCAGGUCUGGUGCCGACCAGCUACAGCAGCUGACGGCCAAGCCCAGGGUGUACCCGGCUUUGAACGAUUUGUUUACGAGCGUCUCGUUCCCACAGCCUUCGUGGUGCUUUCAUCACCCCAGUUUAAUAUUAAGGAUGGACAGAUGAUGGUUGUUCUAUUGGAAAUUGGCAACUUCCUCCAGAUAGUCUGCAAAACUAGAGGACAAGAAGCACAGGAUUUCUUUUUGUCUGCUUUCCUUCCUUCACAAGGCUGGCCAUCAGAUACCGCCAUGGAGUUCACGGGCAAACUUCGAGACCUUGAUAACAAGGCAUUUCGGAAGUACUUUGCUGAUUUCGUUCGUUCAUCUCGAUCGCAGGCUUCCUCGUAGCAUGUCAGGGUUUCUCGUUCAUUUGUUUCAGUAAUUGCAUCCACAUUUAUCGCAAGAAUGAAUAAAUAUUUUAUGUGGCCCAAGAAUAUCACCCGUUUGUGUUCGAAGUUGCUUGUGGGAUGUUUGGCAACAGCUUCUGAUUUCAAUAGAG